AUGUGUGCAAAUAUUAUGCAGAUUAUAGCUAUAGACCUUGAUCGAGAUGCAUACGAGAUGGGAUUGCCAAUUAUUAAAAAGGCUAACAUUGAGCAUAAAAUUAAUUUUAUUCAAUCCUCGGCAUUAUCAGCCCUUGAUGAACUCUUGAAUGAGAAUGACAAUAGAGGAAGUUCCGAUUUUGCUUUCAUCGACACAGACAAAGUUAGCUAUCAAAAGUACCAUGAGAGAAUGUUAGAAUUGGUGAAAGUGGGAGGUAUUAUAGUAUAUGACAAUACACUAUGGUUUGGGACAGUUGCUAUGCCAGAGGAGUGUGUUAAGGAAACAAUGAAGCCAAAUAGGCAACACAUCAUUGAAUUUAAUAAAUUUUUAGCUGCGGAUACUCGUGUUCAAAUUUCCCAAGUCCCUAUAGGUGAUGGAAUCACCAUUUGUUGGCGACUCUAAAAAGAGCUCUCUUUUGUUCUAGGAAUAACAAUUGUGUGUCUUGUGUUUGAUGUUGAAAUGUUUCCUUUUUUACUAGUAAGUUGUUGUUGCAACAAUUAUUGUACUA